AUGGAAAUUUCUAUUUCUCAAGAUGGGCUUUCAUUUGUGCCAAAAGUCACAGCAGAGAAGUACAACCCUGAAAAGGCUUCGAAACGAAGGAGUAGAGUCUUGGUUAAAAAACUUAAGACUGCAGAUAAAAUGGAAAUUUAUGCAUCAGCUACACAAGGAAAAUUAGAAAUAAUGAAAACUCUGAUUGAAGAGAAAUAAGGUUAGCAUCCUUGAAGAAGUCUCAAAAUCAGGAUAUUUUUGGACGGCAUUCCAUUUCGCCUCACAUUACGGCUCAGUAGAUGUUCUAAACUACUUGGUUGAUUGAUUUUGGGACCAUCCAUACAAAUUCGAUAUUUUUAAUAUCCAAACUAUUGAAGGAAAGACUCCUCUCUUCUGUUGAAUUUCUUCAGGAGAUAUUAAGAAAGACAAGAAGAAGGAGAUCAUUAAGAUCUGGAUCGAUACUCAAAAUAUCGACUUCUCUUUAAGGAAGAAAACAGGGGAGGAUCUUCUUCAGUUAGCCAAAAAGAAUUCCUUGUAUGAGUAUUUAGAGGAACUCCUUUUGUUUGAAGAUUAAGUUCUGACAAUAUCAAGUCUGGGGUCUAAGUAAUAAACUCAGAGGGAGGUCAAUUGAGCAUUGGAUUUUUGACAAGUUUUGAACUAGAGCUUUUCGGGAUUUUGUCA